AUGAACGUCUCUGAUGCUGAACAAGCUGUCGGCAGCGCCCGACCCUCGCUCUACGAGAAGUCGCACUCCAGACAAUCCAGCAUAUCCACCCAUCCAGAUACCGAGAAUCCCGGUGACCUUGUAACACGGACGCAACAGUGCCGAAUUCUGGCCUCGACCUGUCUGAUGGCUUUUACGUUAGUAGGCCUCAACCAGGCCUUUGGAGUGUUCCAAGCACACUACGGACGAAAAGCGUCUGCCAUAGAAGGCGUCCUUCUUCAGAUGGAGCUAUCUCAACGCCCGUUGAUCUCGGCGAUAGGGUCGUUAGGAAAUGGAGGGCUCUUCGCCGCCUUUGGAGUGCUCUAUUACCCGCAUCUUCCCCAAUUAGGAGGCCAUGUCAGAUAUCUGUGCGGACUAGGCACGGCUUUGAUUGCGAUCGGAUUCGCAGCUGCUGCAGGAAGCCACAAUCUAGCAACACUUGUUGCGUGUCAGGGACUCCUGGUCGGCCUUGGAGCCGGCAUUCACAUCUAUCUUCUUGGGCCCAUAUUACCGGAAUACUUCUCACAGCGGAGCGGCCUCGCACAGGGUAUCAUGUUUGCAUGCGCGGCUCUAGGGAGCACGGUAUGGGUCUUCGCACUGACCGAGUCACUUGAGACCCUCGGUAUCCGGUGGACAUUAGGAAUACUCUCCAUGUUCAGCCUCGCAGUCCUGUCCAUUUCUAGUGCGCUCGCCCUCCCACCCCGAAAGUUCGAAAGGCGGUCUACCGAUAUAGUCAGUUGGAAGGUCUUCAAGGAUCCGCUUUUCGCUUCACUCGCAGUCGCAAACCUAGUACAUCCGUUGACGAUGGCAAUACCCAUGGUGUUUGGACCUGAGUUUGCCCAGUCUAUAGGAACAGGUAUCACCCAUGGAUCAUAUCUUUUGGCCAUCAACACAGGAGUAGGGAUCCCGGGAAGACUAUGCACCGGCUGGCUGUCAGACAAGAUUGGACACCUGAAUAUGCUCGUUGUUGCCACUGCGGUGUACGUUAUCGCAACGUGGGCAUUCUGGCUAUCUGCCGCAAUGACGAGCAACGUGGGACUCUACAUCGGUAUGAGUGUCUGCCACGGGCUGAGCAACGGCGUCUUUAACGUCGUCAUCAACUCGGCACAGAAGAUGCUGUUUGGCUCCGAGAUGUACUAUCCCAAAAGUGGUAUGAUGACCAGUAUACGCGGAGUCGGUUUUGUCAUCAGCGCACCGAUAGCAGGUGCGUUGGUGUCGAGAGUCGCCGAUAUAGACUUGCAGGGCAGAGACUUUGUCAGGUUGAUUGUUUAUACCGGAACCUUGUUGACGAUCUCGCUAUUCUGUCUCCUGAACGUUCGAUGGUUGGAUGCGAAGAAGAACGGGUGGAAGCUGGUUCGUUAG